AUGUAUGUACAUAUCAGAAUAGGCAUAAAGGUGCGACCAGCCCCCUCAUCAUCACCACCAUCAACAUCAUCAUCGAUCACUCUUAAUCUGAACAAACCCAACUCGAACCUGAUCUUUGGAAUCUACCCAAACAAAUAUAUUAGAAGACGUCGUCAGAAGCAUCCAGAGUACCCCUGGACCCGGACUCGUUGGUUCAAGAAGAAGCGGGUGGCCUCGGCCGAAGGCCUCAGUGAUCUCGAAGGCCCCGUCUCUCCGAUGAGGAACUCCAAGCUGAUGACAGUUGAGGCGGAGAAGGAGAAGAAGAAGAGCCUGGCUGCCGCCGCCGCCCAGCCUCGCGAGAUCUUGAACACCCCCCCCAGGAUCCCAUCCUGCUCCUCCUCCUACCCAAAUCCAGGCUCAACAACAGGCCGGGUUGUCUCCUCCACACACACCACACCCAUGGUUGCGGCGGGGGUUAUGCUUGGACCAACACAUGAGCAGAAUAACGGUAAGAAAUCACAAGACUUCCAAGUGAUUGUUAAUGAUGAAUUACAGAAAGUGAAUUCAAUCAAGGAGAGUCAAGCCAAAGAGCGCCCUUUGGCUACAUCAAUCAAUUUCAAGAGUGAAUCGGAUGAUAACUUGGGGUCGUCUUCAUUGCCAGGCUUGGUCGCGGAUUCACCUCACUUAUUAUCACCUGUCAUUGCCAGGCUCGGUCUCAGAGUCACCUCACUUGAUAUCACCUGUCAAGCUACGACAAGUAAUGAUAACAAGCAGGCCAAGCAAUCCCCGGGCUUUUUCACUCGAUUUAUAUUUAGGAAAAGGACUUAUACCAAUCAACAUCUUGUUCUCACCGCCUUAAUCUUUUUCUUACUCGGCUCAAUCUUAAGAUACUUGUUGAUUCCCAGCAAUUAUUUGAUCAUCCCACCUUCUCCCCCACCGUCAUCUAUGUGUUGCAUUUCACAUCCUCCGCCAUUGCCGGCCGCUACUCUCAGUACCGCCACAACCCUCAAGAACGAAGACAUCAAAAACGUCCAAGAUCAUGAUGGUCAUCAUCAUCAUCAUCCUGUGAUUGAUUAUUGUGCUCAACCUAACGAUCCAAAUCAAGAUCGAGCCCAGGGAGCGACAGAUUGCCUCGCUGCCUCCAAGCUUGCGGGCAAUCCAUUACCCAAACGCAUAUCCAACUCGGCUGAACACGUCGGGCAAGCGGAGCGUGACGAGCAUCUUUUCCUCGCCGGAUCAGUGGAGAGAACAUGA